UGAAAUGAGUUCCAUGUUUUUUUUCUUUGCAUGUGGUUAAAUAUUUUACAUUUUCUUUUAUUUGGCAAAAAUCUCCCAGGACAAAAUCUCUGAUCAGAAGGUCAAGGAUUAUUUGAACUAUUUGAGAUUGGGACAUGAAACUCUUAAGUUCUGUCAAAUCUUCUAUGCUGAGACUUAAAGCUUGUCGGGACUUGUGUACAAUUUUCAUUUGUGUAUACUCGUUUUUUUAUCUCCAGAGCAUUACUAUCAGAUCUAAUAAUAAAACUCCUCUUAGGAGUGUUUUUGCUUUAACAAUGCAUAACUGCCUGUUAAUGUGUCCUAACAAGUUUUAGAAAAAAAAAAUACAUUUUUAAUCUACAAAUGUAGGAUUUGAAAACUGACAUAAAAUUACAACCAGAGACUUAAAACUUGGUUGAAUGCAUUCAUUUCAAACACUUUAGACAUAACCAGCAAAACAGGACUGGUAAGCAUCUCUUCUGCUUUACCUGUGCAUUUGUCUGAAUGUCCUUGAGCAAGACACUGAACCCAACACUGCUCCUAGUGGUCUGGUUAGUGCCUUGCAUGGCAGUCAGUGUGUAGAUGUGUGUGCAUUCUGAAUAAAGAAAUGCUCAAAUGCAAUUUUAAGCUUGAUUUUAUUUAUAUAUAUCCUCCUUCAUGAAAAAAAUAACAUGUGAAAAACAUUGAAAAUACAAUUUUCAUUAAAGUUAAUCUUUAAAGAGCUAUUAAAAGUAGCAUCAAUUCUAUUUACAUUUUUCAAAAUGUCUGGAUUUUCUUGUAUUUUUUAUUGAAAAGAACAUUUUUGUUCUUAGUGUUUAAUUUUUACACUGUUUAAUGAAGAUAAGUUGGCAGACAGGUCAAAAGAGGGAGACACUGCAGAGAAAAACACAGGGAGAGAGAGACUUUAUAAGAGGCUUUUCUGUUUCAAUCCCCCAAUUACUUUCAGGUCAGUCACCUGUAGAUGAUGGUAGGCGACCAUUUUAAUAUAUGGGUCAAUUGGUCACUUCAGUCAUUGAGUAAUAAUCUAAAUGACACAAUGAUAAUGGCUUUAAAUAUAUUAAUAAAAAGAAAAUAUGUAUAAAAAAAAUCUAAAGAAAAAAAAAAUGUUGUACUGGUGUAUUCAGAAUGUUCAAAAUGAGGUAAAUCUUUAGGGUUUGGUGAGAAUAGAUUCUGAUUCUCAAUCAAGUUAGUUAUAUUGAUGUGAUUUUUCUCUAUCAUAUCUGUGUUGUUUGCAUGUGUUCUGCUGUGUUAAAAGAUGAACUCCUGUUCACUGAACAGGCAAUAAUUCUAUCUAUGUAAACAGACACAUUUUCACACUUGUUUCAUCCUUGGUCUUACUUCUCCACCCGACACGCCCAUCUCACUCCACCCCACUUUAAUUCCCCCAAUCCUCUUUGUGGGAGAGUGACGUCUGCUGCAGUCAGAAGCAGAAUUAAGCUUAGCAGCCUGAGUGGAGAGAAGCCUCCACCAAUCAACUUACCAACCAGCUCCAGAUUCCUCUGGGAACAAGUCUUCGUUGGCUUAUCAAGACCUCUUUCACCUUCUCAUUGACCACUCGUUUCUUGAGUCUAAACGGCUCCCAAGGAUAUGUGAUGCCAUGCUGGGAUAUAAAUCCACUGGUUCAAGGAUUCACUGAUGAUCCAUCUGGAUGUGUUUUUGCAUACAAAAACUUUACAUGUGACACCUAUUUUUCCCCCUUUAACUAAAUGGUCUCUUAGACAACAGGGACGAUGGCAAGUAAGCUUUCUUCUGUCCUUUGUGUGUGUCUGGAAGGUGUGAAUAUGCGCUCAAAGCAUUUUGUGUUCAUCAGUGCUUGUAGGUGAGCAGCAAAUUAAGUCUCUGGGGAUCUGCUGAGGCCACUGUUUACUAGAAAUGCUGGCUGUUCACGUGUAGGCAACAAGUCAGAAGUGCUUGAGGAGAGAAAGCGAGUCAAAGGGAGUGUCAGAGAGAAAAGUUUGUUUGUAUAAAGUGAGGACCGACUUGUGAAGGUCAGAAGUUUCCUGGAGAUGGAGGAUCGAGAUUAUGAACGUUUUGAACAACGAGAGAGGGACAGUUACGAGAUUGACUACAGGAGGAUUGUGGGAGACACUGAACCAGCGUGGCCAUGCCCUUCAAAUAGAGCAGGGGAUCCAUGUCAUCCGUGUAUGACCUACGCCCACCCGACCUCUCAUGGACAUGAGACGGCAGCGCAAAGAUACAGUGCCACACGCAUCCAGGCUGGAUACGGGCCAGAAAGCAUGGCCGAUUAUCUGAUCAGUGGAGGUACGGGUUAUGUACCUGAAGAUGGACUCACGGCACAACAGCUUUUUGUAAACUGUGAUGGACUCACAUACAAUGACUUCUUGAUUCUCCCUGGUUUCAUAGAUUUUAUUGCGGAUGAAGUGGACCUCACUUCUGCACUGACAAGAAAAAUCACCUUGAAGACGCCUCUUAUUUCAUCUCCCAUGGAUACCGUCACAGAGUCGUCUAUGGCCAUUGCCAUGGCACUGAUGGGAGGCAUUGGAAUAAUCCAUCAUAACUGCACAGCUGAGUUUCAGGCCAAUGAGGUGCGCAAAGUUAAGAAAUUUGAGCAGGGCUUUAUAACAGACCCAGUAGUAAUGAGUCCCAGUCACACUGUUGGGGAUGUGCUGGAGGCUAAGAUGCGCCAUGGUUUUUCUGGAAUCCCAGUGACAGAGACUGGAAAAAUGGGCAGCAAGCUGGUCGGUAUCGUCACCUCCAGAGAUAUUGAUUUUUUGUCUGAAAAGGAGCACAGCAGGCCUCUUGAAGAGGUUAUGACUAAACGAGAAGACUUGGUUGUGGCGCCUGCUGGAGUCACUCUGAAAGAAGCCAAUGAUAUUCUGCAAAGAAGCAAAAAAGGUAAACUCCCCAUCGUUAAUGACAGCGAUGAGCUGGUUUCAAUUAUAGCUCGGACUGACUUAAAGAAGAACAGAGACUACCCCCUGGCUUCCAAAGACUCCCAUAAACAGCUGCUUUGUGGGGCUGCCAUUGGCACCAGGGAAGACGACAAGUACAGACUGGACCUCCUUGUGCAGGCCGGUGUGGAUGUGGUAGUUUUGGACUCUUCCCAAGGAAACUCAGUAUAUCAAAUAAGCAUGAUAAACUACAUUAAGCAGAAGCAUCCUGAACUUCAAGUGAUUGGAGGAAAUGUGGUGACAGCUGCACAGGCUAAAAACCUCAUUGAUGCAGGCGCAGAUGCACUCAGGGUUGGCAUGGGAUGUGGCUCUAUCUGUAUCACCCAAGAAGUCAUGGCAUGUGGAAGGCCUCAAGGUACAUCAGUUUACAAGGUUGCAGAAUAUGCCAGACGGUUUGGGGUCCCGGUGAUCGCUGAUGGGGGCAUCCAGACAGUGGGGCAUGUGGUAAAGGCUCUCGCUCUGGGAGCAUCUACAGUGAUGAUGGGGUCUCUGCUUGCAGCGACUACUGAGGCUCCUGGAGAAUAUUUCUUUUCAGAUGGUGUUCGCUUGAAAAAGUACAGAGGCAUGGGCUCCCUGGAUGCCAUGGAGAAAAACAACAGUCAAAAGCGUUACUUCAGUGAGGGGGAUAAAGUGAAAGUGGCACAAGGGGUUUCAGGAUCGGUGCAAGAUAAAGGGUCCAUCCAGAAGUUUGUUCCUUACCUUAUCGCGGGUAUACAGCAUGGCUGUCAGGACAUAGGAGCCAAGAGUUUGUGUGUCUUAAGGUCAAUGAUGUACUCAGGAGAACUGAAGUUUGAAAAGAGAACCAUGUCUGCUCAGAUGGAGGGAGGAGUUCAUGGACUUCACUCUUAUUCUUUUGUGCCAUUCACGAGAAGCGACUUUCCAGAGACCGGAGGAAGAGGAGGUGCACGAUCGGGACCUAAUGUCCCAACUCCAGCUGCUUUGAGCAGAUGCAAUGGUCGCAUGUGAUGGAGGUCACCAACGCAGCGCUGCUGUUUUAGCCACACAAUGACUCUUCAGAAUCUCACACUGCUUUUUGGGAUGUCAGUGUGAAGCUGGUAAAAAGCUGUCACCUCUAGCAUAAAUCAAGGAUAACGAGUGGGUAAUCAUGACUCUACUUUAAUUUAUUGGUUUAGAAAGAAGCACAUGGUUCUCAACUGCUUUUGAAAAGUACUGAUUUAUAAUGAGAAAGAACAUACUGUUUUAGUAAUUUAUUUGUUUUUAGGCAAAAUUAGCAAAACUUUUGUUAAAAAUUAGAAAAUAAAUGAACUAUUUUCAUUGUUCAACAAAUCCAAAACAGCUUUGUGAUGUUCUAUUAAAAAGGAACCCAAGGCUCUUGACAUAUUUGAAAUGUAGGCUAAUGGAGGGUUUGAGGCAGAUAACUCUGAAAAUUAAGAGGUAAAAACAAUGACUGAGCCUUCUCUUUAUUUAGUUACUAAAGUUUGAUUUGCAAGUUGUCAGUUAAAGCACAAAAAACACCUUAUCAUCAAUAGUUGUUUUGUUUUUCUUUUCUGUUUUCUUUUUCUUUUAAAUUUCUAUAACACGCCCCUCCAAUAGGAAAAAAAAAUCAAGUAUCUUGCUUAUUUUCAACUCAGAGAACUUAAAAGUUAUGUUAUUUAAUUGUAUAUUUGACAUUUUUUGAAGUCCUGUAAAAAGUGUGAACAAAUUAAAAUAUUUUUAGAAGAUCUUGGCUUGUGUCAUGAAUCAGUCCUCUUGCCUCUCAAUCUGACCACUGGAGGGAGCCAUCUCCCCAUUAUUGAAAGCCUCCCAAGCCUCAUCUUCACUCCAUUUCCCAUCAGCCAUUGCCUGAAGUUCCCAGACCUCACCAGCUGUUUCUCAUCCAAGCAAUCAACUCCAAACACAUACAAGCAUACUCCAGACU